AUGACUGCCACAGAAAUGAAGAGAAACCAGGGGAAUGAUGAGCUGCCAUGUCUUAAUAAUUAUGCUCUGUGGAAAGAGUGUUUUUAUGAAAAAGUACAGCAGAGGUGUCUGAGUCUGCAGGAGACAAAGGUGAAGAUGAUUCGUGCGCAAAAGGCAAAAGAAGAAAAGGUAAAGAAGAGGGAACCCUGUGACUGGCUGUCCAAAGAGUGGUUCAGUGAAGAGAAAGAGUCACUAGAUACACGCAUCUAUUUGCUUGACAAACUCCUACCUACAUUAAUCCCAGGAAUGGAAAAACUGUUAAUGGAAGUGGAAAGAAAGAAUGUGCUUUCACCAGACAAAGAACCAACCAAAUUUAAUCCCAUUUGUUUUCUUGGAGAAUAUCUGAUGAGACAUAAUCCUCAGUAUAGUAUUUCUACAAAACCAAGCCCAUACCUGAGAGGAAUGAAGAUGGUCACAGAGGAGCUAAAAACUGAGAUGCCAGGUACAACAUCAGAGAGGCUGGCCAGGAUGAAGGUGGAGGCAAAGAACAAACGUAAGGACAGGGAGCAGGUGGACAAUAUGAAGUCACAGGUGAAAGAGAUGAGAAAGGAGGUGCUGGCAAUUCAGUUCAAGGAGUGGACAGUGGAUGUCAGUGGCAGAAUACCGGUUGCACUGGUUCAGAGUGCCCUGAGGUCUUUUCCAGAUGUCAUUGCUUCUGCUCCCAUAGAUGUGAGAAAAGCAAUCUGUGACAGGAAGCUGGAAAUCGUAGAGACAUUGGAAAAAAAAGUAAACAUAGAUGAAUUCACAGAGUAUGUCCAUUCCUACACUGAACAUUUUUCAAAUGACAUGUUCCAAGAAAUCCUGAAGCAUCUCGGUCAGUGUGCUGAUGACUUCCAAGAAGCAAUAAGACAUGAUACGUGGAGGCAAAUGUUUGCUGAUCUCUUCCUAGAUUGUGAUUAUGGAAAGGUUGGUCUCUUAGACAGACGAAAAAUACUUGCCCUGCUGAUAGACUUCUAUGACAGAAGCCCCGUGAUUGCUAAGAGGGGAUUCUGUAACCCAAGGCAGUGGCCAAUAAUUGAGCUGCAAGAGAUUGAGCUUGUGGAUUUAUGGGGAGGCCUUGAUGACCAGGAAGUUUGUGAGGAACUCAGCGAGAAGUUAGUCUUGUCACAAGCAGGAAAUUUUGAGGGAGGGAUUUUAGCAUCUGAACCUGUAGGUGAUAAUAGACAAGGCACAUAUGGAAUGAGAACUAGUGUCAGAGAAGGUCUUUUUGAACAAAAGGCUAGUGAUUGGGAUGGAGAUACCAUACAUAGGGAGAAAUCCAGUUUCCAUGAAGAUAUCAAAACUGAGAGGCAAACCGAGUCUGCAAGUGCAGACAGACAGGAGGAAGCUUUCCCAGGAUCAGCCUCUACUGGGUACAGUCUCAGUAAAGAUGGAGAACCUGGAUCUGAAAAACAGGUAGAGGAAGAGGAAUUUAGCCCGGGUAGAGACCCUGACACAGAAACAAAUAGGGAAGAAGGUUAUCGUAUCUUGGAUGGAGAACCUGGCUCAGAAGAGCAAGUUUGUCAGAAGGAGGACAAUGGGAUUGCAGAAGCAACCAACACAAUUUCAGGACCAACACCUGAAGCUAUAACCACAACCUCAGAAGACAGAGCUGUGGCAGACAUGGACAUCAUUGCUUCAAAACAGGAUGCUCCAGUUGCAGAGGUUGUGAAAGAAACUCCUGCAAGAAAAGAGAGUUUUUCUAAGCAGCAUGGCAGCCAGUUUGGCCAACAGACAAGCUCAGAGACAAGACUGCAGGACGAGGACCUUCUGCAAGACCAGGGUAAAGACUUACAUGCCAUCAUGGCAGAGAUUCAGAACCGUUGGGCUUCUCGUACUAGGAGUGCCUUUGAUGAAAGCUGCCUCAACCUGCCACAGUUUGUACAGCUCAUGGAGACAUUUGUUGGUGAAGACAUUUCUCUGCCUACUGUGAAGAGGCUUAUUGCAUUUAUCAAAGAAGAGUACAAACAGACAGAAGAGGAAAAAAUAGAACAACUAGAAAAAGUUCACCGCAUCUCUCGCUUGGCCCAACGGAAACUGCUUUUGGAGGCACUUUUCAAAAAGUGGGACAACAAUGCAUCCGGGUUUCUGGACCUGGAAGAGGUGGAUACUGUUCUAAGCACAUUCAAGGAAGGGAUGGAAAAAGAGGCCUUGAGGAAGGCAAAGAAACACCUUUGCUGCCGUUACCCACAGCUCAGCAGAGUGGGGAAGCUAUCCCCAAAGGCAUUCCAGACUUUCCUUGAGUUACUUGCUUCUGAGUUCCCUGGCAAUGAGGAUGAAGCUAUUGAUAACUUGGUGGAAUUUCUGACCGCAAGUGUGGAACAAAGUCACAUGAAGUGCUUGCAAAGCUUAACCAGGAGGAAAUGGCUGUACAAUAUCCAGCAAGCAGCUGAGACCAGUGGAGCAAGCAUGGAACCAGUUUACAAAGCAGUGUUUAAGGCCCUCACCCAGGAUGCAGAAACCCAUGGGGAUAACAAGAAGAUCAGUGCAUAUAUUGCCCUUUUGGAAGAGAACCAGCUCUCACCAGAGCGGGGACAGAUUCUCCUACACUAUGUGGCAUGUACCGCAGAUGAUGCGCCAUAUGUUCUAAACCAGAUACUUUACAGAGACAUGAAAGGAGUCAGCUUUGCAGCCGUUGAAGAGGGAAAGCCAAUCCAUGUUCCAAGAGUUCAGCUCCAUGGAAGUAUCCACUUCUGGAAUUAUGACCGGCCAGUGGAAGAGAGAAAAGGUUCACUCCUGGUACUGCCAUUGCACGAUGCUCGCUGGAGAGCCUUUGGCAUUCUAGGACUUGACACUCUUCGGGACCAAUGUGAGAAAACCAUCUUUCUGACCCAUGAGAUCAGUUUCUAUCAGGGAGUUUCUCAUGCAUUCAGCAAAGCCUACCACCAUAUCUGCACACUGGAAAAUGUUCUACAAAUGACUGUUACUGCUCUGGACUGGUUGUAUCCUAGGGCACCCAGCAUCCACACUGUUAUUACGUACCUGGUGGAACCUGGCAAAGACAAGACAUGGGACUAUGCUCUGCGCAAGAUGCUUACUACAGAUAAUACAGGACAAAAAGAAAUUCAUAGCUCUCCUGUCCUUCUCCUCAGAAAAGAAAACCUCUUAAGAGAUUACCUAUUUAAGUGCACAGACAGUUCACAGGUCAUUUACACUUCUGUCUGUGGAGAAUACCACAUUGCAGUACCUCUCCGUGACCUAUCAGGACAAGCUCUUGGGAUAUUUGAUAUCAGCAUUGGACACCACCAGAAAUUACCACCUCACGAACACAAAGACCUGCAGAAAAUGCUAAAGAUGGCCCAAGCUGCCUGCUCUGAGACACUGAAGAUGUCCUUAGAGGAAACAGAACCAACCUAUGUACUGGAGGCAGAACACAUCGCAAAUCUGAGGCAUGCAGGGAUUCUGUUCCACCGAUUCAUGCUACAGGACCUGCGUGAGUGUGUCCAGAAACUUGAUGCUGAGAGCUUUGCUGAAAUAAAGAGCUAUGUAGAACCGCCAGCUCUGGUACAUAACAUAGUUAAGGCUGUGCUGUUGCUUCUCCAUCCAAACUGGAAGGGGUCAGAGACGACUGAGAACUGGAGUCAGUGUAAACUGAAACUUGAUGACAGUUUGAUUCAGGAGAUUUAUUGCUUUGAUCCAACUGCUGCAUCUGUACAAGUUCAAGCAGAGCUGCUGCUGGACUGCAUCACUGGUGUACCUCAAGCGGCGGUGUGGCAGCAGGGCUCAGCUCCAGCCGAGUACUUGUACCACUGGGUAGACACCUGCCUGUCACUAGCAGAGAUCACAAGGAGCCUACACAGUAAAACCACCCCAUCUUUAGCCCCUUUUGGCACCCAGUUCCAGUGUACCUCCAAUUAAAUCUCUUAAUUCCUCAUCCAACCUUAGCGAUUCUGGUAUUUGACG